CUUGCCCCCGAGCUAGACGACUUCGUGGCCACCUUUGACGCGGACUACCACCGCUACGUGUCCCUGCUGGCCCUCAUGGUGGAGCUGGAGGAGGAGAUGGAGGCGGAGGGGGAGGCGGUGGCGGGGGGGGGGUAUGCAGACGACGACAACGACACGGGCUCGCCUGAUGGCGCGCUCCACCUCGCUGAUGGCCGAAAUCCGCCACCUGGCCCAGUUCUACGAGGAGCAUGUGCGGCGGGACCUCAAGUCAUUUCGGAACCCGAUGUACGACAGGAAGCCCUGGCGCAGCGUGAGGAGGAGCAAUGGAGCCGGGACGUGAAUGAGGUGGCGAAGCGGCUGUCGAGCGGAAUGCGGCUGCAGCCAUCAGCUGCUGCGUCGUGA